AUGUCUCAAGUCUCAAGAAAGCAAGACUCCAUCAAAGGCAAUAUUGAGAAGACAUCUUCUGGAGUCAAGGUUAUGGGAUUGAAUACGCAAUCCUCUGCUCAAUCCAAGAAGGAUUCUGGAAGAAAGAAUUCAAGAACUCCUGCCAGAAAGUGCUACAAGUCGAGUACGAGAUCUCAGGGCACUCGUGACUCACCUGUGUUUGAGGAUGUUUCUCAUGAAAUUUCCUCUGCGGAUGAAGAGGCAGAUGUUGAGGCUUCUGCUCAUCAAACUGAAGUUCAUGUAUCCAAUGUGGCUGAUAAGGAGAAUUCACCAUCUCUGGAUUCAUCCUCUGAGUCCAAGAACUCAGAACUAGAGAAUGAAGCCCACGAGGCGGUCUCUUCUGAGGAGUCUACCAAAUCUCCUCCAUCUGUUCAUGAAAUUUCAGAUGCUGAUGACUCAGAUGAUGUUCCUCUGGCAAGUGUUGCUGCCAGGAUGAAGAAUAGAAUAAGGGUUCCUGUUGAAGACACCCCCUCUGGUUCACAAAAGAAGGCCAAAUCCACUAUGGAUGUGAAGAGCAAAGGUAAACAAAAGGCUGUGGAUUACUCACACAAGAAGGACAUUCGGACUUCUGAAAAGAAGAAAUUCUCUGGUAAGCAAAUUCCUUCAGAUGUUCCUUCUUUCCCUAUUGAUAAUGUUUCCUUUCAUGCUGCUGAGAAUGUUCUCAUGUGGAAAUAUGUUUGCAACCACCGGAUUGCAAAAGAAAGGGAGAUUGGCAAGGAUGUGCUUAAGUGUAAGAUGAUUGUUGCUCUCAUUGACCGAGCUGGUCUAAGGAAGACAGUCAUGGAUAUUGGAAAAUGUUAUGAGAAGUUAGUGAAAGAGUUCCUAGUUAAUUUGACAGAUGAUGUUGGCAUUCCUAGAAGUGCUGAAUUCAGGAAAGUUUAUGUGCGAGGGAAAUGUGUAACUUUUUCUCCUGCUAUGAUCAACCAAGCCCUUGGAAGAAGUGUUGUGGAGUUUGUUGAGGAAGAAUUGUCUUUGGACAAGGUUGCCAAGGAACUCACUGCUGGACAAGUGAAGAAGUGGUCUGCUAAGAAGCUUUUAUCUACAGGGUUAUUGAGUGUGAAGUAUGCUAUUCUGAACAGGAUAGGAGUGGUGAAUUGGAUCCCUUCUCAUCAUACCUCUGCUGUCUCUGCAAUUUUAGCCAAACUGAUCUACAGAAUUGGGAUUGAGGUGCCUUUUGAUUUUGGCUCUUUGGUGUUUGCUCAAACUUUGAAACAUGCAGAAACUUGUGCUGUACAGCUGCCUAUUUCUUUCCCUUCACUCUUGACUGCUAUCAUCCUGAAGCAGCAUCCUGAUAUACUCAGAAUGGAUGAUAUGGCUUUUCCUAAGGGUACUCCCAUCACUUUGGAUCAUCGCUUGUUCCUGGAUCCCCAUGUCCUGGAUAUUGAUAUGCCAUCUCGCAGGACAUCAAUUCCUGUUUCAAUGUCUGCUUCUAGAACUCAGAGUGUUAUUGCUGAAUUAGGGGAUCUUUCAAAGGAGCUACAGGUGUCUAUCAAGGUUGCUACUGAGAGGAAGCUGAAGGUGGAUACUUUGAUUGUUAAGCUUAAAGAGGAGGCAGGUCACGAGGGUGAGUCUAGAAGUGAUGCUGUAGAGGAGGAAGGAUCUGAGGAAGAGGAGUCUUCAUCUGAAGCUUAA